AUGCACGGGCUCCUCAACUCAGUCCUUUUUGCCGUCCUCUGCGGCUCAGUUUCCUCCGCCCCCGCUCGCGACCCGUCCACCCUCUCGCGGCGCGACGCAGCAACGCACACUGACGGGAGCCCAGCGUCCCCAAGUCCAACGGUCCGAUUGGCCAGCGACGAUCCGAACUUCGUGCUGUGGAACGAGGCCUCGGCGGCGGACCCGCAGCCGGAACGAGGCGGUCUGGGGGCGACCAUUAUGGGGCCACAGGACACGGCGAUUGACCGCCAGAACCCGUCAAUACUGGCGCCGCCUACCACGGACUCGGGGACUGUUGGCAAUGCCAAGUGGCCUUUCAGUCUUAGCAAGAUGCAACUCAACACGGGUGGAUGGGUCCGUCAACAGAACGUGCAACAAAUGCCUCUUGCUACAGCAAUGGCUGGCGUCAACAUGCGUCUCGAAGCAGGCGCAAUUCGCGAGCUUCAUUGGCACCACACUGCUGAGUGGGCUUAUGUUAUCAAAGGUUCCACGCAGAUAACCUCCGUCGACUCGCAAGGACGAAACUAUGUCGCCACCGUCAAAGAAGGGGAUCUUUGGUACUUCCCACCCGGCAUACCACACUCGCUCCAAGCCACCGAUGACUCUCCCGAGGGCACAGAGUUCCUUUUGGUUUUCCCUGAAGGCAGCUUCAGCGAUGGCAAUACCUUCCUGCUCACCGACUGGCUGGCACAUCUGCCCAAGGAAGUUAUCGCGAAGAACUUCCAAGACGACAUUUCCGAGUGGGACCAUAUCCCUGGCGAGCAGCUCUACAUCUUCCCCGGAACCGCACCCCCAGACGACCUGCAGCCCCCAGUGAGCCCGCAGGGGACGGUUCCGGAGCCGUUUUCCUUCGAGUUCUCCAAGCUCCCCGCCAAGCACUACUCGGGCGGGACGGUGAAGAUCGCCGACUCGACCGUCUUCAACGUAGCCACCCAGGUGGCCGUCGCGGAGGUCACCGUCGAGCCCGGCGCGAUGCGCGAGCUGCACUGGCACCCCACGCAAGCCGAGUGGGGCUACUUCCUGGAGGGCAGCGCGCGCGUGACGCUGUUCGCGGCGAACGGCGUCGCGCAGACGUUCGACUACCAGCCGGGCGACGUCAGCUACGUGCCGACGUCGUUCGGCCACUACGUCGAGAACACGGGGAACACGACCCUGCGCUUUCUCGAGGUCUUCAACACCGACGUCUUCGAGGACGUCUCGCUCGCGCAGUGGCUCGCGCUCACGCCGCCCGCGCUCGUCAAGCAGCACCUGCACCUGUCGGACAGCACGAUCGCACGGCUGAGCAAGACGAAGGGCGUCGUUGUGGCGGGCAAGCCGCACUACCCGGCCCCCAUGGAUUAG